ACUCAUCCAGCAAGAACCAAGCGCAGAUCGAUAGCAGCUCGAUCGGUUAGCACAAUCAGAAGCAAGAGAGCAGCUCGGUUAGCACAAUCAGAAGCAAGAAAUUAACUUGGACUUCUUCAGUCAUGGAGGGACUUCUUCAGUCGCAAGGCGGAGGCGGCGCCUUGCGCCCCGCCUUGCGCCCGAGCCGCCAUAGUCAGCUCUGCAGCCGGGCCCGGGCGAGCGUGCGUGGCGUCCAGCAGCUGGCAGUCAGCCUCGACGAGCUGAGGCUCGCCCGGGACGCGAUCGUGGGCGCCGAUGACCACGUCGUGAACGGGCACGCACCAGCUGGUACCGUGGUGGCGCCGGAGGCCGGCGUCGACGGCGCGGCGGUGGAGAAGCUCCGCGCGAUCGCCGAGGCGGCCGCGGACAGGGCCGAGAUGCACGACAUCAUCGGCAGGCAGCGGGAUAACUGGAACCACCUGCUGCUCCAUUCUACCAACUCCCUCGCGCUCACGGCCUCCGUCAUGGCCGCGCUCGCGCCCGCCGCGCCGACUCUGCUCGCGCUUAAGGCUUCGGCCGGGGUCCUCCUCGCCACAACAGCCGUGACGAUGACCGCCGUGAACAAGAUCCAGCCGUCGCAGCUCGCUGAGGAGCAGCGCAACGCCACGCGGCUCUGGAAGCAGCUCGAGCGCGACGUCCGCACCGCGCUCGACCUCAGGACGACGUCGUCGCCGCCGAGCGAGGCUGACGUCCAGGACGCCAUGGACAGGGUGCUCGCUCUCGACGCAGCGUACCCGCUGCCGCUACUCCCCGGCAUGCUAGAGAAGUUCCCCAAGACCGUAGAGCCCACAAGGUGGUGGCCGAGACGGCAGAUGAAGAAGAAGCAGGUUCAGUCCAAGACCAUCAAUGGCGCCCGGCGAGGCGCCGUGUCCGAAAACGGCUGGACCCAAGAGCUGGAGAACGAAAUGCGGGGCAUCGUGCGGGUGCUCAAGGCCAAGGACGAGCAAGAGUAUGUGUCAAAUGGCAAGCUGGCGCUGAGGCUCAACCGCGGCCUCGCCCUGGCCGGCCCGGCUCUCGCGGGCACGGCAGCGCUCGCCACGGCGUUCAUCGGUGCCGGUGAGGCGGGGGCAUGGGCUUCCGGCGCGGUCGUCCUUAGCGGCGCGCUGGCGGCGGCGGUGAACACGGUGGAGCACGGCGGGCAGGUGGGCAUGGUGUUCGAGCUGUUCCGCAACGUCGCCGGGUUCUACCGCAAGAUCCAGGAGGACAUCGAGGCCAACCUCGAGGAGGCCGAUGUCGAGCGGAGGGAGAACGGUGAGGUGUUCGAGACCAAGGUGGCGCUGCUGCUCGGCCGGAGCACAUCGGACCUCAGGCAGUUCAGGGAGAUGGCGUCGCCGUCGUUCAAGGACGAGGACAUCAAGAUUUUCGCUGGGAAACUGUUUUAGAUUUUGACCAAAUCUAGUUGCACAGUGCUGAACUGUUCAUAUGUGUGUAGUGGUGUUGUUCUGUAGAUGUAACCAUGACAAACUAAUUGGUUCUUUAGUUAA